UUUGAAUAUAGAGUUUGUGAUUGUAAAUGGGAAAAUUUGUGACUCACCCGGUCACUGUACGCGUGCCAUUGAGCGGGUCCGCGGAAGUUGCCCCCAAUCAUUUAUAAACUGACCCUUUGGGUGGCUCGAAACUUUCAUCCCCUUUCCGAGGAGAGAGAGAAGAUAACUAAUGGAGGGCGCGGCACAGACAGUUUUGAUCAAUGUUGGGCAGCUGGUUGGCCAGGAGUUCCGGCAGCUCCGUGCCGUCGGCGGCGAGGUCGCUGAGCUGAAGGACGAGCUGGCCACCAUGAACACCCUCCUGCGCAUGCAGUCCGAAGCCGAUGGCAGUGGCUUGAGCCACUUCGUCCGGGAGUGGAUGAAGCAACUCCAGGAGCUCGCCUACGACACGGAGGACUGCGUCGACCUUUACUUGUUUCGCAUCAGGUGCCGGCAGGGCGACGGUUUCCUCCUCUGGUCCAAGCGACUGCUGGCAACGCUUUUCCCUCGCCAUCGCCUCGCCGGCGAGAUCACGGCCCUCCGCCUACGUGCUGUUUCCAUCAGCGAGCGCCAUGCUCGUUACGGCGUCAGCAUGGACCUGCUUGGCCGCAGUGCUUCUUCUUCUGAGGCUUCCCAGGCAGUGGUGGCGUCAGCACGUGCGCUCCCGCUCCGCCCUCACAACGACCACAACCAGUUCCAGUUGGUCGGCAUCAAGGCCCAGGCUGCGGAGCUGGCCAUCAAGGUGAAUGCCUCAGUGGGUGAGGACGACAAAAAGAUCAAAGUGUUCUCCAUCGUGGGCUUUGGAGGGCUCGGGAAGACCACCCUGGCCAUGGAGGUAUGCCGGCAGCUCGAGAUGGAGUUCGAGCGCCAGGCGGUAGUGUCUGCGUCGCAGUCAUUUGGCAGCAAGGACGUCGAGGGAUUACUGAAGCACCUGUUUCGGCAGAUACUGCGGCUGAAGUCUCAGCCCGUGGCUCCUAAUAACAAGAACGGACAGCCCAAAGAGACCUCGGAGCGCGUGGACCUGAAGUGCGAGGAAGCCUCCUCGGAAGAGGCAGCCAAGAAAGCCUUGGAAGAGGGAGCCAAGCACGCGGCUGAUGUAGCGAAAAAGCUAGCGGAACUUCUUGGUAAAAUUGACAGCAUGAAUGUAGGCCAGCUACAAAGCGAGGUCGGAGAGAGUCUUCGGGACAGCAGGUUCCUAAUUUUGAUCGAUGAUGUAUGGAGCAAAGCAGCCUGGGAGGCAAUCUGGUCCAAGUUACCAAGCAGCAACUGCAGCAGUAGAAUCAUUGUGACCACUCGGAUAGAUACCGUGGCAAAAGCAUGCAGCAAUGUUGGUGACUAUUACAUCCAUCAUAUGAAGGCCCUAGAAGAGGAAGAGUCCAAACGAUUGUUCCGGAGCAAAGCAUUUGGCUCAAUUUCCGAAGAUUCUUGCCCGAAGGAGAAGGAAUUGGAAGGUGAAAUUGAAACAAUUUUAAAAAAAUGUGGCGGGCUACCAUUAGCCAUUGUUAGUAUUGCAAGCCUUUUGGCAAGCUAUACACAUCCAGAAGGGAAGAAGAUGUGGCAAAUAGUUGGCAGAUCAACUGGUUCACAGAUGGACAUCAACCCUACCUUGGAGGGGAUGAGGCAGAUACUCACACUUAGCUAUGACCACUUACCCCAUCACCUCAAGGCUUGCAUGAUGUAUCUUAGCAUUUUCCCGGAGGAUUAUAUUAUUUGUAAGGAUCGGCUGUUGAAGAGAUGGAUCGCUGAAGGUUUGAUUCCCGAGAAGCGAGGGAUGACCCAGAUGGAGCUUGCUGAAGCCUACUUCAGUGAGUUGAUGAGUAGAAGCAUGAUUGACCAAGGUAUCGAUAUAGUCAACAUGUACCAGUGGAGGGAAGAGACGUGCCGAGUGCACGACAUGAUGCUUGAGGUCAUUGUGUCCAAAUCCCUAGAGUCCAACUUUGUUAGCCUGGUAGGUGGGCAAUAUGAAGGGAUGUCAUAUGAUAGGAUUCGCCGUCUUACCAUACAUGGUGGAGUAGAGGCAGCCCAGGAGUUAUCGUCAAAGAAAAUGGCACUACAUCAUGGUACAUGGAAUGGCAUCAAGGGGAUGACUAUGCAGCAUGUCCGGUCUCUGAGCAUAUUUGAUUCUGAAGUGCCCAAGUUGCUUGCUCGUCUAGGAGAGUUCACCUUGCUAAGGGUACUUGACAUGGAAGACUGCAAAGGCCUAGAAGAAAAGUAUCUGAAGCAUAUCUGCCGGAUGUACCUUUUAAGGUUCUUGAGCUUGAAGGGUACAGAUAUCAAGCAGAUGCCUUCAAGAAUUGGGAAUCUCGAGCAUUUGCAGACCCUUGAUGUACGUCAAACACAACUUACAAGUCUGCCAGAAACAGUUAUAAAGCUAGAGAAGCUGGAGCACCUGUUGUUCACCACCAAAGGUAAUUUAUGGUCUGCGUGGAUGGCGCCCCGAGGGAUCAACAGAAUGAAGGCACUACGCCACCUGAAUAAAGUGAUUGUGAUAGACCCGAUGGUCGCCAAGGAGAUUGGUGAAUUGGAUCAAUUGCAAGAGUUGUGUAUCUAUGUUGACUCAAGACAUGAAAUUCAUCCAGAUGUUCCCGAAGGGCUUGCCUGCUCCCUGAGCAUGAUGUACUCGCUCGAGUGGCUGGACAUUGGAAAUUUCGGUUGCGAGCUAUGGCCUUUCGUACAGGUGUUGAAUUUUCUACAUGGGGUAGAGACGCCACCACGGCUUCUCCGUUACCUUAGGAUCUGCGGCCGCAUUGACAAAUUGCCAGACUGGGUGGGGUCACUCACUAACCUUAUUGAGUUUGACAUAGCGUGGACAUACCUUGAUGGUGACCAACUAUUCAACGUCCUGUGUAAGUUGCCCAACCUGGAGAGGCUGACCCUGGGGCCAUACUUCAUAAGACACGUUGAAUAUAUGGUUGCAGGCAGUAACCAGUCCUUUCGCGAGCUCAAGGAACUUACUCUGGGCUAUUCUCCUGAAGUUCCCCGAGUUUAUAUAUUUAAGGAAGGAUGCAUGCCAAAGCUGGAGACACUUGUGCUGAAUUAUGGUGACCAGUGGAAGAAAAUGGAGGGUAUCGAGCACUUGACAAAGCUUAAAGAGGUGCAGAUCGGUGGCAUUACCAUGGAAGGUGCAGUGGCUGAGACACGAGAGCUGCUGAAGGAGGAGAAUGAGAGGCAACGCAAUAAUGGGUCCGAACAGAUCAGAGUUGUAAUGGGGUAGGAGUGAUCACUCUGCUUGAAGAAAGUCUAACGGAAGCUUGCACUGGAGCAACUAAAGCUGGACUCCCAUCAAACUCAGUUUUACUUGGUCCUUUCAUUUUCUUUCAUUUUUUUUGCGGGGUUAGUUCUUUCAUUGUUGAUGUGGUUGGUUCUUGUCAUGUAAAGCUGGAAGUCCUAGCUAUUUAAUUUACUUUUAAAUGUUGU